UUCUUUUUUCUUCUUCCUAAGUGAACUCUGUGAUCUGCACUCUUAAAUGAUGUUUGUCCAAGAGGCACUGACUCAGUGGGCUGUUUGAUCCCCUUACAGAUCAUGAUUCUGGAAGGAAGUGGUGUAAUGAAUCUCAACCCCAGUAACAACCUCCUUCACCAGCAGCCAGCCUGGACAGACAGCUACUCCACGUGCAAUGUUUCCAGCGGGUUUUUUGGAGGUCAGUGGCAUGAAAUCCAUCCCCAGUACUGGACCAAGUACCAGGUGUGGGAGUGGCUCCAGCACCUCCUGGACACCAACCAGCUGGACGCCAGCUGCAUCCCUUUCCAGGAGUUUGACGUCAAUGGCGAGCACCUCUGCAGCAUGAGUUUGCAGGAGUUCACCCGGGCGGCAGGGACAGUGGGACAGCUCCUCUACAGCAACCUUCAGCAUCUCAAGUGGAACGGCCAGUGCAGCAGUGACCUGUUCCAGUCCACCCAUAAUGUCAUUGUCAAGACUGAACAAACCGACCCUUCCAUCAUGAACACCUGGAAAGAAGAAAACUAUUUAUACGAUACCAACUAUGGUAGCACAGUAGAUUUGUUGGACAGCAAAACUUUCUGCCGAGCCCAGAUCUCCAUGACAACCACCGCUCACCUUCCUGCCGCAGAGUCACCUGAUAUGAAAAAGGAGCAAGACCACCCUGCAAAGUCCCACACCAAAAAGCACAACCCAAGAGGGACUCACUUAUGGGAGUUCAUCCGUGACAUCCUCCUGAACCCAGACAAGAAUCCAGGAUUAAUAAAGUGGGAAGACCGGUCUGAGGGCAUCUUCAGGUUCCUGAAAUCAGAGGCUGUGGCUCAGCUAUGGGGAAAAAAGAAAAACAACAGUAGCAUGACCUAUGAAAAACUCAGCCGUGCUAUGAGAUAUUACUACAAAAGAGAAAUUCUGGAACGUGUGGAUGGACGAAGACUGGUAUAUAAAUUUGGGAAGAAUGCUCGUGGAUGGAGGGAAAAUGAAAACUGAAGCUGCCAAUCCUUUGAACACAGAGGAAAACACAUACCAAAUAACAACAGAGAACUCUGGACGUAAAUAUUUCAAAGACUACUUUUCUCUGAUAUUUAUGUACCAUGAGGGGGAAAAAAUCUACUUCUAACGGGAAGAAGGAACACUACAGUUGAUAAAAAAUUAUUUUGUUACUUUGAAGUAUGUCCUAUAUGGGGAACAAACGUACACAGUUUUCUGUGAAAUAUGAUGCUGUAUGUGGUUGUGAUUUGUUUUUGCCUCUAUUGUGAAGUUCUUUCCCACUGCAAGGAUAACAUGGCUUGUAGCCUUGUGCUUCUUGCUAGGAGGAAAAAAAAAAAAUCAGAGGGCAUUAAAUGUUUUUGUAUGCAAAAUGAUUUGGAAAAAGGUGAUGUGUCCUUCAUGCAUAAGCAUCCACAUGGCCUCAUCAAGAGAGGUAGACAUGGUUGCUAGGUGGAACACCCGGGUCUCAGAUUGAUGGGAUCAACUGGAAGGAUGCUGGGAAAUUCAACCUGAACUUUAGGAGCCAGUGAAUGGAGAAUGGGGACUUCCAAAAUCCAGGGUAGAUUGCAAUCACUGCAUAAUCACAUGGCUUGCAAUGUUUAAAUCAGUGGCAGGAAUAAUGGUGAUACUCAUUCAGGAGUGAUUUACCUGAUGCUAAAGCUAUCUUCCUCUCUUGCCCUUGGAUGUUUGGUGGAAAAACCUCAAUGGUCACAUCUGCUCACUUCUAGUUAUUUAAGAGAGGGUCAAGCCUUGGUUAUUUUUAUUCCAACUGCUUAAAAAUAAGUGGGGCAAAAAAGGUGGUGGUAUGGAAAUGGCUGAUGAGUUUGCUCUGGUAUCUUCAUAGUCCAGGGUUUCUCAGUUGGCGUAUUGACAGUUUUGGCUGGAUCAUUCUUUGUGGUGGGGGCUGUCCUAUGCAUUGUAGGAUGUUUAGCAGAAAGGGGCCUGUCCUGUGUGUACUGUAGGAUGUUUAGCAGAAUCUAUGGAUGUGAAAAAAUCACUGGAUGCCAAAAGCACUCUGCAGCUGUGACAACGAAAAAUGUCCCUAGAUAUCAUCAAAUGUCCCCUGGGGGGCGGGGGGACGGACAAAACUGCCUUUAAUUGAGAACCACUGAUUUAGCCAGUCAAGAUGAAGAUGGUGAUUUUUCUCAGAACAAAAAGAUAUGUAAGGUCUUUUAGUUUCUAGAGUGAAGGAAAAGCAGGACUUCAAAGUCAUCUUAUUUUUUUUUUUUUAAAUGUUAGAGAGCAUGGGUUGAAAUACCUGGGGGAAAUUCUUUUCAGAACCUCAGAUGAGAGCCAAAGUCAGAUAAGUUAAACAUAGCAAUGUAGCAAGAGCUACAAUAGAAGACAUUUUCACUAGAAUUACAAAGCAGAGUGACAAUUAUAUUGCAGAAGGAAAUGCUGAGAGAAGAAAUUGUGUGUGUGUGUAUGAGAGAGAGAGAGAGAGAAUUAGUUCUAGGAAAAGCCUUCUUUGCAGGUGUUUUCCUCUUUUGAAUAAUCUCUUUCCUGUUCCAUCUGAACUCACCUCAAAGUAAUGGUUUGUUGCCUAGAUUUCCAUUCAGGGGAAUGUUCUAAAAAAAGAGAGUAAAGAAAGAAAGGAUGGAAAACAAAAACGGAAAAUUCUGUUCAGGAGCUAUUGUCACCAAGGAGUUGAAAUCUUCAAUAAUGGGAUUGUUCUGAGCUACCUGGAGACUUAGCACUGGACCGUGUAAUCUGGUUGGAAUGUGAGUCUGUAGACACUUUGAAAAUGGGUUUGAACAUCCAGAUCUCUUUUGCAACUUUUUUUUUUUUUUGGCUCCCUCAUGUCCUUGGCUUUCUUCUCCAUCCUGUUUCUCCUUCUGGAAUGAUAAUAGGGAAUGAAGGUAUGCAUCAAUGGGACAGAGUGCUCUUCAUUAACUAAUAGAGCUCCCACCACAGUGUCUUACACAGCAGAGGUGAGUGAUUCAUACAUGGUCAAAAGUUGUCAAAUGUUUUUAAAGUAUUCAGAAGGCUGGAAGUAAGAUGAAUGAAGAAUUUGUCCUAAUUGUAAUGAGAACUGUUAUAAGUGGUGACCUGGAGCACCCAUUAAUCAUCUUCUGAAGGUACGACCAAGCCCAUUGUUAUUUUUGCCUGGCUUGGUCACCUCCACAAAUGUUUUACUUGGUGUUAUCAAGUAGCAGUUACUGAGGGAGCGGAAAAAAAUAAUAAUGAGUGGCAAAGAUCUUGACUAUGCAACUAAGACUCCUGCAUAAAAAGCAUAAUUUGCUUUCAAGGCUAAAGAACUAUGGGGUCUUCCCAGACUCUGCCUGUACAUCACACAGAACAACCUAAACGUCCAGAUAUUUAAGUUGGGGUAACAUGUGAAUACUUGUGUGUCUGAAUUGUGUGAAGUUAUUAGGGGCAUCCACCAAUUCUCUCUCUGCUGUUUCUUCCCUGACUUGCCCGUUGGUCAUCUCAGGCAGCCAGAUCUCUCUCUGAGUUCAUCUGUCCUCAAACCUGUAAGUUUCUUGUGUUCUUCCAAACUGCCUUUGGCUCCUUCUGCAACCUUUCCAUUGAAGAGCAACCCUUGCUAGGGAGUAAGUGAAUCUGGAAAGUACCAACUAGAGCAGUUCUGCAGAUAAUUAGCAGAUUGUGUUGUUUGUUGAAAGUGACGGUUUCUUGGCACCUGGUGCCUAUUUAAAUAGGCUGGAGUAUUAAGUUCUCAGCAUAUCUCUCUAUUGUCUUGGCUUGAAUUUGCUGCGUUUUCUAUGUGCUGUUCGUGACUUGGAGAACUCAAGAUAAUUGAGCCAUGCCAACUUGGGGUGUGAACAGAGUACUUCUCACCACAGUGUUGAAAGAGAGAGCCAAGUCGUACUGGUAAGCCCCCCUUUCUUUCGGGAACACACAAUUUCUCACUUGAGAAGCUCGUCGGUGUUGGAUGUCUACAUGGUCACUAAACACAGUCUCCUUGAACCCUCCUUAAGCUAAAGGAUUGGACUCUAUUAGCAGGUUUUCAUGGGAAACUGAGGCAGGAAAUGUAUCACUAAGACUUGACUAGACUCAGGUCAUCUUAGGCUCCUAGAUGUUUGAUUUGAUAAAACUUGAGCAAGGCCCUGGCUCCCAGAGACAUAGCCUGCAGCUUCUUGAAUGUUCCACCUGAACAGGGCAGACCCAGGUUAUGAGUUCUCCUUUGAAUACAUCGGUCCUUCCUCAAAGUUCUUGUCUUGCUAGACUGUAAGCUCAUGGAGGGCAGGGACUAUGUCUUAUCACUAUUGUUUUCCUGGUACCUAGCACGAGACAGGCACACAAUAAAUCAUGUGUAUUUUAAAUAAAUAUUGUUGAAUUAAUGAGUGAAUGUCUUCUGGAAGACUCCUCUGAUUGUGAGGCCAUAUCUAUAAUUGGGAUGUGAAUCAUUUUCUUCAAUGGAGUAAAAACACAACGGCCAGACCUUCAAGGACAUAUUAUGAACAUUUUACUGUGAGACUCUUUACUUUGCCUUCCUACCUGCGCUGAAAUGAAACAAAAAACAGGCUAUUAGGUUCCAUAAGUCGAAAUAUGUUGGAUGAGAAUUCUGUUGCCUUACUUGGAACUGUGAGACUUAUCUGGAACAAAAGCCAGUAGCGAACCUUUGACCUGUUUUAACCAAUGAAGAUUAUGAAUGUGUUUAUAUGAUGUAAAUUGCUAUUUAAGUGUAAAGCAGUUCUAAGUUUUAGUAUUUUGGGAUCGGUUUUUAUUUUAUUUUAUUUUUUUCUUUUUGAAAAAUACUGAGGGAUCUUUUGAUAAGGUUAGUAAUGCAUGCUAGAUUUUAGUUUUGCAAGUGUGUUGUUUUUCAAAUGUAUAAAAUAUAGAAAAAAGUAAAACAGAGGGAAAGGCAAAUAUAUUAUUCUUGUAUAGUUAAAAAAAAAAGCAUUUGUUGAGUGCACAGCAUGGAACCAUAUAUGUGAGGAAUUUGUCUAAUUUUAUAGGGUACAAUAGAUACUGCCUGUUGGACGGAUGCUUGUUGUAUGAAUGAUAGAAUAUGACAGCAAUCACAAUAUCAGAGCUGAAUUACCCUUAGUGUUGGUUCUCCGGAUUCAGUUUCUGGAAUAAGAGAACAUUAAAAAAAAAAACCUGUUGAGACUGUGUCUUACGAACCUCUGAAAUGUACAGGCCUUCACAAGUUUGGCUAAAUUGGGGUUAAUCUUUCUGUAGCUAUCUGCAUAAUUUUUGCUUUUCUUCCCAACUGGCUCUUGGGUUGACAAUUUGUGGGAAACAACCCUACUGCUGGUAUUUUUUUUUAAAUCAGAAAUCUUUCCCUUUAAACUAUGUUAAAUUCAAACAGAGUAUUUCUCUUUUAUGAAAGAAUUUUAUUUUUCAGAAUAUGGUUUUUCAUUUGAUGGGUCCCAGAAAACACUAAUAAAAACCAGAGACCGGA